UUAAAGAAGGCAGGCAUUAUAAUAAUAUCCUAAUUUUCUGCAAUGCAAAAUGGUCAAUCUGCUACUAAAAAUAUUCUGUUUCCUGUCGCCGCCUUCAUAUCUGUUCAUUGAACUUUUCUUAACCCACCUGUUGGUCUUGGAUUAUCUCCAUUAUUCAGUUGCUCUUCGCCUCCAACAUUGAAAGGAUCAAGAGCAAGCACAAAUUCAGGAGGAUUGAAAAGAAGAUAAUAUAUGGAGGGGGAGAUUAACAAGUUCAUAGAGGUUUGGAUCUCAGUCUUCGUAUGUCUUUCUUAUUGCUAUGCAAUUAGUCAGAUAGUCUCCAAAGGUCUUACAAGACUGCUUUGUAUACUCCCAAUCUUAUGCGUCUUUCUCUUUCUUCCUCUCUAUAUCCAUUCGAUUCAUCUUGGAUCCAUAUCUGCAUUUUUCAUUUCAUGGCUUGCCAAUUUCAAGCUCUUACUGUUUGCUUUUGGUCAAGGCCCUCUGUGUUCUGACCCAUCAAUCUCUCUGGGGCGCUUUGUAGCUGUUGGUUGCUUUCCCAUCAAGAUCCAACAAAAAAUACCUCCAAAACCUUUAAUACAGAUACCUAGCAACACCCCAAAUCAAACAGACUCUUCUCCACCAAUAGUAUCGCAUCUAAAUGGCCACAAAAAAGAAAAACUUCUGCCUCCAAAACCACUACCAGGGAAACCCAAAUACACCCAGGAUAAAACAAGCCCUUCUCCUCCAAUAAUGUCAUAUCUUAAUGGCAACAACAAAGAAAACCCCACUUUCAAAAAGUCUAAUGAUGGCCAUGUAUUCCCCAUAAAGCAUGCAGUAAUGGGCGUCCUUUUGGCCAUUAUGAUACGUGUCUAUGACUAUAGUGAGCAUAUCCAUCCAAAGGCCAUAUUGCUUCUCUAUUGCUUUCAUAUUUAUUUCCUCCUUGAAAUCAUCCUAGCCGUGGCGGCAGCCCUGGCUCGAGCCUUAUUAGGAGUGGAGUUGGAGCCUCAGUUCAAUGAGCCUUACCUCACGACUUCACUACAAGACUUCUGGGGCAGGAGGUGGAACCUCAUGGUCACCAACAUCCUCCGAAUGACCGUAUACAACCCCACCCGCCAUGCUGCCACACGUGUCAUUGGACGCAAGUGGGCCUCACUCCCUGCCAUCUUAACCACAUUCUUGGUGUCGGGGCUCAUGCACGAGCUCGUGUUCUACUCCAUGGGGCGCUUGAGGCCAACUUGGGAGGUAACCUGGUUCUUCAUCCUCCAUGGUGGUUGUUUAAUAGUUGAGAUUGUCUUGAAGACAUUUUUCUCCAGCAGGUGGCGGUUGCCUUGGCUGAUCUCGGGGCCCUUGACCGUCGGAUUUGUUAUAGUCACCAGUUUUUGGCUGUUCUUUCCGCAGUUCCUCCUGUUUAAGGCUGACGAGAGGGCAUUUCAAGAGUACGCAGCCUUGGGCGAAUUCUGGAAGAAUGUCACUCGCAGAAUCCUUCAAGUUUUUUAAAGAUAAAUUGAAGCUCAAAUUCUCUGCAAUUGAACUUGUCUGUUGUAUCAAUUAAGAAAGUCUGUCACCGACUCACCGGUGAAUCUUUUUAUUCCAUGGCAUCUCAAUCAGAAUGCCGUCUUAAGUCUAGUUUAAGUACCAAGAUACGUGCAUUCUACCCAAAAACAC